CCUCAAUUGACGCGCGUUUCCCACCCACCCAUCAAUCCACACACGGUCAAUCGAUGACAUGCUCUCAAUGGCUCUCAUGAGACUUCUCUUGCCUCAUUGAUCGAUGGCCGACGCAGCUUCGUCCGCCAACACCUCCAUUGGCCGGCUCCGUACAGGAUGUCGCUGACAACCAGUUCAGCCUCAGCUCCUCCCAGUGCCUCCAGGCGCUGCUGUAAAUGUGAUCAUGGCAACCCUCACUUCCACUCACCGCGGGUUCGGUUCUGCCAGCUUGAACGUCGCUCCCACCCAAAACACCGCCCCCGUCCAUGAAUUCCGCUGUCUCUACACCCGCGACCUGCACAAGAAGGCGAAGAAAUGGCACGACGGCUCCUUACGGUUCCACACCUUCAAUCGACGCGUCAUGGUCUACGACGACGCGAAAAAUUACAUUGGGGACCUCCACUACAGGCAAGAGGAGGAGUUUGCUGAGGGCGUCGAGAUCCAGCUAGACCGCGGUGUUAUGGUGGAAGUCGGAGAGCGUCUCGGUGAGACUCAAACAGAUUUGGCCCCCAUUCUCGAAAGAUCACGACCAGAAAAGCCUCCUCCACCACCCCAGCGGACGACGGCCAUGGCAAGUCGUCCCUUGUCCACUGGCCCCUCCCAACGGCCCAAGUCGCUGUUAGAAGUGCUGGGACCUUCUCAAGGUCGACUUGGUCGAGCAAGAUUAUCCGCACACUCUCCUUAUGAGCAAAGAUGGUCAUCUAGUAGGGCAGGGCUCGUGGAGUCGCCUCGGAAACGGCAGAGACUGGAGUGUGACAAGGAAAACCAAUUCGACCAAGACCACCAACUAGCCCGACCUGCGAGGCCUCGCUUACCUCAGCCUAAACAGCCAAGUAAGACCGUUCCGCAACCCGCUCGCCGCGUGGAGCCCCCAAAGGAAUGCGAAGAGUUUCUCGAAUUGUCGUCAGAUGACGAGCCUAAACGACAGCAGCCAACUAAGCCGACAAGGCUGGCAACUGGAGUGGUGGGAGAUCGAAUAGGAGGAAGCCCGGAGGAGCAGUGGCUCACUCCUACACUGUCACGUGCGAGGCCUUCGCGAGUUUCCCAAGUGCAUGCCCGGAAAGAGAAAGCGGACGAGGAGAGACGAAAGAGAUCUAAGGCUCCUGGAAAUACGAAAACGCCUGCCAAUCAUGAGUCUUUGACCAUUCUCCGCGCACCAGUUGCUCCCACUUCACGACUGCUGAUCGGGAAGCCAAAGCCCAGGCUCAAGCUAACCUGUGUGCUACCUUUUUCUAAAGGUUCAUCAAGGCCGCAGACCCUCGAAAGCUCGUGCCGACGGUCGCGUCAAGAACGAGUAUCGCCCACUCUCGAGGAGGACGUGUCGUCGUCGCCGAAGCAGGCGGUCCCUGCCAACGUCGAUGACUGUUUGCAGCCGAUCCAGGUCCCAUGCUCUGGUCAAUCGAGCACGCACGGGUCAGUGCAGGAAGAUAACAUCACUUUCAGUCCUCUCUUCAUACCGGAGGAGAAUCCGGAGGAGUAUUCACCGUCUCCCCCGCGACUCCCAACCCAGGAGGAAUUUCCCUUUCCUGGGUCUGAAAACAGCGAGCUGUCCCAAAGUCCACCGAAGUCCAAUCUUCCAGCUGAGCCGGUGACUAAACCUGCACCGCAGCUUGACGUGGAUUUCCGAGCACCGGCAAAGGACGACUGCCUGCGCCCACAGUCCGUCUUCGUGGUCCAUCCCCAAACUCGCAACCAAUCCGAAUUGGUAUCGGGACGAUCCAAUGGUACUGAUACACGUCAAUUCCGACGAGUGUUUUCUGAAAACGAUGCGGUGGAAGAUGACGUAUUCACUCUGAUGGCGGAACCUGCUGCACCGCAGUCGAGAAGUCCCUUAGGAGUGCUAGGCAAGUUAGCGGCGAGGAAGAGUCCCACCAAACCCAAGAAUCCAAGCAAGCUUCAGCGGUGCGCCUCCGACACCAAUGCGGCGGACACAGACACCCACCAUAUGGAAGGGUUGACCGAAGAGGGCACCCGAGGACCGACAGGGCCUUGGACUGAGGACGAGGCCUUUCUUCUGUUUGACUGGUGGCCCGCCGACAUGGAGAAGCCGGUCUAUUGGAAGGACUCGAUGGAGCAUGACUUGCCUCGUGGGAUGCCUGCGGCUCUACCAGAUGUUCGGCCUGGCAUUACAACCGCCCGCCAGUUUCUCUUCCUUCGCAACGAUGUAAAUGUGUUAUGAGCCAUUGACGAGCAAUGACACCUAGUCUAGAUAUGUUACACCCAGGCAUAUAUGAAGAUGCUAUAUUAAGCACG